GAAGUGCCACUCGGAAGAAGUAAAAAGAGUUAAACUCCAGUGUAUACAUAGCCCUGAUACACAGAAAAUAUUCAACAAGAAAAAAAUAUAUAUUUUAUAAGUUGAAAUGGAAUCAGCCGUACGAAAACGCAGAGUUUCAUUGCUCCAGGACAAUAAACAUGCGGCUAAACGAACCUGCGCCUUGCCAACAAUACCACCUCCCAGCACUCUAGUUCAAACCGUUAAGAAACCGGUGAAGAAGUUCUCUUCAGAUCUAGCCAAUCUUCCUCCGGUUUCCACAAUCGAUGCUUUUCAGCGUGGCUAUGAAGUAGAAUCGAUAUUAGACAUGGUACAAAACACCCAGUUUCUCUACAUUAAGUUUAUGAAUCUCAAUGAACCCGAGUUGGUUCCUUUGGAAGCGGCCCUGCAGCGUGUUCCUCACCUGCUUUCUGAUUUCUACCAGGAAUACGUCCAGGCCUGGCAUCAAAUGGAACGCCUUACGAAUGAUGUACUCCCUCAAAAUUAAAGAGAGAAAUUAAACAGCACUAAUGGAGUAAGAGAAGUGCGAAACUACCUCGCAUUUAAGACGCUACUUUUUCUGCAGUCUCGCGCCGAGUUUUAAAUAAUUUUAUGCCUAUUUGGCUCGUACAGCUCGCAAAAUUUCACACCUCAGCCAUCAAAAGUUGGGGCGGACGUGCGUGCCAGAAGUUUCUGCCAUCCGCAAAUAAAGGAUACAGAAAAUGCUUUAACA